AUAAAGAUCCGUCAUUUUCUCUUUUGUUUUCUUUCCAUAUCAGGUCAGUUUGAUAGGGCAUGGUAGUAAAUACCCCUAUGCCAAAUUCAUACACCUGUUAUUGGUUUGUCUUCUUGCUCCUUCUGGUGUUUCAGAGUACUAUUUCCAGGGCUUUGAAAUCUGUGAAUUUAAUUUCUUUUGGAAUACUUGGGAACAGGAAAGAAGUCCAUAGCAGUCAAAAGCUUCCCUUCUGGUUGGUUUUUUAGGGGUUUGGCCUAGUACCCAUUUGGGAUUUUAUCUUUGAAAAGCUCUGUUUCUUUUGGAUUGGGAUUGAAACAAAAGCAAAGGCAGAUUCCUGUGAUUAUUCCCCUACCCUCUCUUUCUUUUUUGUUUCCCAUUUUGAUUCCCAAGAAAAGGAAAACCCAAUUUUCUCUCACUUUAUCACUCUCUGGCUCCCAUUUUGGGAGUGUAGCACUAUUAAAGGAGGCAAAAAGUCAUCUUUUAUUCACCUUCGAAUCGGUUUAAAGACAAAAGUGUCUCUGUUGUUGCUCCAACCUCUGUGCUUUCAUUCCUCUGUCUCUAUUUUGGGGGGUUUUUUCUCCCUCUGUUAUUGCUCAAACUCUUGUAUCCGGAACUUUUGGGGGGUAAUAGCUGAUGAUGGCAAAUUGGGAUGGUACUAUAAGCAAAAGUAAUGGAGGGUAUAGAAGAAAAUCAGUUAUAGACGACGAAGAGUUUGAAGAAGAAGAAGUGUGGUCUGUGAUGAAAGGGAGAGAAUAUUCAAGCUCUAACAUGAGGAAAUCAAAGAACUCCUCCUCCUCUAGUUCUUCUUCCUCUGCAUGGUCCCUUCCUGGUACUAAACCAAGGAUGAUCCCAAGAGGUCCUGAAGCCAACAAUGAUGAUGUGGUGGUUCAACAAUCCUCAGUUCCUUUGAACAUCCCUGAUUGGUCAAAGAUUUAUGGGAAGAAUGGUAAGAAUAUGGGUUCAUGGGUUGAUGAUGGUUAUCAUGCUAAUGGUUAUGAUGAUCAUGAAAAUGCCGAUGAUGAUGAUGAUGAUGAUGAUGGUGAAGAAGGCUUGGUCCCACCACAUGAGUGGAUUGCUAGGAAGCUUGCAAGGAGCCAGAUAUCUUCUUUCUCUGUGUGUGAAGGUGUUGGAAGAACACUCAAAGGAAGAGAUCUUAGCAGAGUGAGGAAUGCUAUUUUGACCAAAACUGGUUUCCUAGAAUAAUAACAAUGCAUUGUUCCUUAACCAUCUUCAUCAUCAUCAUCAUCAUCAUCAAGUUUUCUGCAAUCUUGGGCCCCAUUCUCCCAUGUUAUCUUUUUCAGUUUCAUGUUAUUUUUGUUUCUAGCUAAUACAAUAUGUACUGGUAGUGAGUGGAAGUAGAUUAAUUAGAGAUCUCAAAAAGAUGUCAGAGCUGGCUUUCUAGUGUGGGUUUUUGGGGAAGAUAAAAGAAUGAAACUUUGGCCAGCCCCCUGAGAUUUUGUCUGCUAGUCUUUCUGGGUAAUUGUUGUUCAACUCCAUCAAAAAGAAUCACUCAUCUAAAUGUACUCAAACCCCAUAUGUAUUCUUUUUUGAACAACA